AAAAAGAAAAAAAAUAAAGCAAAUUUUAUCGUGCGUGUUUCUUGCGUGGAUUCCUUUUUCUAUUUUUGUUCGCAAAUUUGUUGGUUGAAAUUGGUUCGGAAUCAGCUGUGAGUGAAAUGAUUAACAAGUAGAUCGAAGUGAUUUUGUGUAGAAAGUGAACAGGUUUCGGUGAGAGGCAGUAAUCUCCAAGAAACCAAGCAAAAGUGCUUCUCCGGACGAGUUUUUCCUCCCAUCAAAGAAAACAAUAACCAAAAUGGAUGUACGCACAAUCGAAGAGGCGGUUCUCGCCUUUUACAGAAGCGGAACGCGCCAACAGGAAGACACCCACCAGUGGCUGCAGCAGAUCCAGGAAAGCCCCCACGCCUGGUCCUUCUGCUGGGAACUGAUGCAGCUGAACAAACCUUCCGAGAUUCAGUUCUUCGGGGCCAUCACUCUGCACUCCAAGCUGACCAAACACUGGGCCGAAGUUCCCAAGGAGGCCCACAACGAGUUCAAACAGAAGCUGCUCGAGAGCAUAGUGCUCUUCGGGAAUGGGCCCAAAAUUGUGCUCAGCCAGUUGUGCAUUUCGAUGAGCGUUUUUAUUGUACAUAUGCUGGAACAUCCGACCGUGAUUGAGGAGGUCACCGGAAUGUUCCUAAACGAACAGCUUGGAACCUUAUCCAAGAACACACAGCUAGAAAUUCUAAUGUCCGUACUCGAGGGCAUUCCGGACGAGGCGGAAUCGGUUCAUACGCGCAUCCCGCGCUCAAUGGUGCGUGAAGAGUUGAACAAGAAGGCGGAAUUUGCUACCGGAACGGUUAUUAACUAUCUCAGCGAAAAACUGAACAGUGGACGAAUCGAGGAAAGUGAAACCAGCGCCCUGAUUAAUGCCACGAAAAGUCUGGCAACGUGGCUCAAGUAUGGUAAUAUCCGCCUGGACGGCUGCGAAACGAUGGUGCAGGUUCUGCUGAAACUGAUUCACUACUGCUACUGGAAGGAACCCAAAGAUGACGGAUGCCUUUCGCAAGAAGACAGCGACCUGGCAGAGACGGCUGUAAAAGCAUUGGUGAAAAUUAUGAACUCCCAACACAACAAUGGUUACAAGUAUUCCGCGACUGUCGUACGGUUUAUACGCCUCUUCCUGGACGUCCUGAGUCCGAUAUUGGACGCGGAGUGGAAGGAGAACAACGAUAACGAGAAUCUAGCUUUUAUAAUCUACACACUGUUCCUGUCGACCUUGGAGUGCUACUCGUCUGUCAUUUUCGCCGGUAUACUCUCCGACGACGAAGAGCUGGUGAAAGUUUACGGCCGAACCGUAGAUCUGAUUGUGAAAUGUACGGACAAGCCGGGAACUUACCCGGUGGACGAGUCCUGCAGUACGCUUGCCAUGGAGUUUUGGUACAUGCUGCAAGACGAGGUGCUCUCGAUGCCAAAUGAUGAGAAGAAAGUAAAACGAUGGGAGGCUAUCAAACCAGUAUACGUUCAUAUAGUUAAAGUUUUAAUUAAAAAGAGCCAGCUGCCAAAUGAGAAAGCAUUGCACAAAUGGAACUCCGAUGAUCUGGAAACGUUUAGGUGCUACCGACAGGAUAUCGGAGAUACGUUGCUGUCAUGCCACGAUGUGCUGAAUGAUUUGAUGCUGGAUGUUCUAUCCGAAGCACUGGACGAAUCCAUAGCGUAUCUCAAUUUUGAUCCGCAGAAUACCGACAACUGGCCCUUGCUAGAGGCGACCAUCCAUGCCUAUUGUUCAAUUGCGCAGAAAAUAGAAUAUGCCGAGUAUCCGCAAAUAGUUAAACUGCUCAAAGUAUUAAAUGAAAUUCCUUAUGAGAAAUACAGUGAUAAAUUGCUUGGGAUGGCUCUGGAAACGGCAGGAGCGUACAGUGAUUGGAUCAGCGAUAACCCCAAAUAUCUCCCAGCGGCUAUUGAGCUGCUCGUCCGAGGACUUAGCUCGACUCAAGCCUCCCAAGCCACUCUAGGUCUUAAAGAUCUCACAUCCGAGUGCCAGAAGGAAAUGGCUCCAUUUGCGGUACCCCUGCUGGAUGCUUGUCGGGGUGCUCUUCAGGGCAACCAUCUCAAGAACUCCGAAAUGAUCCGUCUAAUGUACACCGUGGGUAACAUCAUGAGUGUCAUCUCGUACGAAAACAUUCUACAAUAUCUCGACCUUAUGGUUUCGCCCUGCUUCGAAGAGCUCCAGAUGAGUGUGCAAAAUCAGGACACCAGCGAUGCCGCCAGAGGUCGCAUCAUCCUCCGAUUGGAAAUGAUUUCCAAACUGUUCUCAUCACUCAACACCAAAAAACCGGCCAACCAAGAGGAGGACAUUCCCAUUGCCCGAGCGCAGCCCACCCAACCGGAACCGGUGCAACCGAUUCUGCUGAUUUUGGAGAAGACCAUGGGUCUUUUGAAGACCCUGUGCACCAUGUGGCUGCACGACGAAAGCGUGGUGGAAACUCUGUGCAAAACCCUACAACAGGCGCUCACCAAUUUGAUGGAAGACAUCAAACCGUUACUGAACGACAUGUGCUGCCUGAUCUUGCUCAUCUUUGCCAACAAGUGUGCGCCAUCGGCCGUAGAGAUGGCCGGCAAUUUUAUUCUAAUCUUCUAUAACGAUCCCGAGAGCAAGGAGAGCAUGAAGCAACUUUUUACUGCUAUUAUGGAGUACAACUUUGGCCAAUUGAAGCAAUACGACGACCAGCAAAUGCUCUCCGAUGUGUCGGAUUUGAUAGAAACCUUCUUCCUGUUCAACACACGCAUUACCAAGAAAAUGUCCAAAUGCUACGGCGAAACACAGACAGACUGCACGCGACUUAUAGAAUAUGCUAUGAAAAGCAUGAUGUUACCAGAGACGGGGCCCAUCAAAAAAAGCGUUGGAUUUUUAUCGAUAUUCAUUAAAGAGUCUCGCAACUGUCCGCUUAUGAUGAGUGCUGUUGUGGCGCAGGGCGAAAAUAUUCUUAGCAAUACCUUCCUCUGUUUAGGUGGUUAUACUCCUCGGGCCCACGUGGACGUGUUUGCAGACAUAUUCCUUGCUCUCAAUUACAAAUACCCCAGCGAUUAUACCAGGUGGAUAAAGAUUCUAGAGAAGCCAAACUUCCCCACGCUAUUUGUGAGCCAAGCUGAUAAAGAGCUGUUCAUCAAAAAAGUACUCAAAGAAAAGGUGAACCGAAGGUUGGUGCAAGAACACGUCCGCAAGUUUGCCGCUCUCUGUCGGAACGCAGUCGAAUGGGAGAUAGAGUAUAGAACUAGUUAAUAAGUGUAAGUUAUUAAGUAUGGAGCAGCAGCAACAGCAAAAAAAGUAAUUGGCAGCCGCUGGGUUCUUUCGAAUGUGAUUUUAGAUUUUAGGUUUAGGACGUGAAGAUUGUGACGUCAAGAAAAAAGCUUAAGCAAUGUGUAUUAAUGCGUGUGUCGUCUGACGUAGUAGAUAUGUACCUUGUAGAUUGUGAAACGAAUUAUGCUUCGUUUCGGUGGAGCCCCACCCUCUUUCGAAGUCUCAAUCCUAGAAUAACAAUUGAUACGUAAUGAAAUUUCCUACGUCGAUAUGAAUGUACUCAGCGAAUAAUGAUUUUAUUUUACCAGUA